CUUAAGUACGUGUAAAUUUAUAUUAACAAUUAAUUUUUAAGUAAUCUCUAAUUAUUGCUUAUUAAUUAUAAAUCACUUUAAAAUUGCAUUUUUUGUUCAACUUCGGCAUCCAUUUUAACAUAGAAGAUAGGUCGUUAGAAUAAUUUUUUUUUGGACUUAUAGAAUGUAACAUAAGCUCUCAUUUGACAUAUGUUCAAAGGACGCAGUUUUCCUGAACGCUUUGAAAAGUUAAUUGAAAAAUUGUCAUUAUGAGUCGUUCCUGUGAGCAUCCCAAUCCCCUUGUCAGGUUUUCAUAAAUGUAUAUUUGAUUAAAGGAAAAUACCUAUGGUGUUAUAUAUAGAGCAUUUUCAUUUUUCAAAAAUUUAUGACUGUUAAGAAAAAAAGUUAAAAAAAUGUAGAAAUAUACCAAUUUUAAAUAUUGUAAUUUUUGGGGAAUUUUCACCAUUUACAGUGAACGAGGGAAAUUUUUUUCAAUUUUUAAGGAUAAUGACUUCAACUAGAUACAAUUUGUAAUCCUUUGAUGUGUUGUUGAAAGAAAUCGGUCUGAUGUGAGCUGAGAAAAAGUGGCGACAGACAUAAAAAAAAAACCUACAAGAAGUUUUCGGAGAUGGAGGAAAUUUAACUAUUUUUUUUUUUUAAGUUGUACACUACAGUAUAUUAUAACCCCUUCAUUGGUCGUAGUAUACCUUGUCAUAUGUAUAAAAUUGUGUAGAGUGAUAACUCCAAUGAAUAAAUUCUAUCAGUAAACGAACACCAGUGAGUAGAUAACUAAUAGUUAUCUAAUUUGAAUAUAAAAAUAAUACAAGGUUAAUCAUAUAAUUAUACUAGACAGAAUGAUAAAAUGAUCAUUUUUUCUGUGGAAUAUAUACCUGAAAUCAGUUGGAACAUCAUAGAGACCAAUCAUGAAGGAGUUCAUGAAAUUAAUAAAAAUAAAAAUCGAGGACCAUUAACGUUUCCAAAAAUCAAAUCAAAUUCUAAGGUUAUUCAAGACAAAGAUAAUGCUUCAGUUGAAUUAUUGAUUAAACUAAUAAUUAAAUCAAUUGAUGAAAUGAUAGAUUAUAACAAAAUGUGUUACUCUAUCAUAGAAAAAAAAACACAGCAACUAGAUCUUGAAAUAAAAGUGUUAACAAAUAUUCUACAAAAUUUAUAUGACAUUAAAAAUAAUCAAAUCUUUACGAUGCAUUAAAAAAAAUUUCUGAGAUAACAUGGUUAAUUUUUACAUUAAAACAAAAUAUAUUUAUUAUUUUAAUUUAUUA